GAGCCUGCUCCGGCGGGAGCCGCUCACCUGCCCGCGCUGAGCUGCGCUGCGCGGAUGACCGCGGCCGGCGCCGCCUCCCGCUCCUGUUCCUGCUCCUGCUCUGGAGCGGUGCCGCCGGCUUCUGCAGGAGGGGUGACCGGCCGCUGGUGCCGCCCUGGGUGGUCAGUGGGAAGGAGUUUUUUUUACGACUGCGUUUCUCGGCGCACCGUUAUGGGCGGCAGACGGAAACUCAUCCCAACACAGCCCGCGUAAAACCCCAUUGCGGAGUCCGGCGCUGAAACGGUUACCUUCAGCGACAAGGGCUGUACAGGAACCACUCCGACGUCUCUGUAAUUCAAUUAGUCAGGUUUCCAGAAGGUGGGGUUGGGUGGUUUUUUUUGGCAUGGAGGGGGAGGAGAAGCCUGGGAUGACGCCUCCUUUCUCGUGAUUCGAGCCAAUGGCGUCGAGGUGGAAAAAAAAAAAAAAGGAAAAGAAAAGAAAGGAAAAAACCCAAUCUGUAAGCAAACAGCAGGCUGUGCGCUGAGUGGCUGCGCGGGCAGACCCCCCUUCGACAAGUAAACUGCAUGCAAAAACCCCACAUGAUCGAGCAGCAGCGCCCGUGCUCCGAGCCUGCCGUCCGCACCUCCACCUCCUCCUCGCCUCCGUCCCUCCCGCACACCGGCGCCAGAUCCCGCCUCGGACACACGCGCGUGCAUAAGUUGAUGUUCCCGAGACUGGACCCUGCUUUAUCAGAGAGAGGUUCCGGGAGACUGAAGCAGGAGAUUUCCGCACCUCGCCGUAUCGCUCCGUUCGUCCCCCGAGCAGGAGAGGCGAGCCAAGACCAGCAUCAUCAGAGGAGUUUGCAGGCUUGAUUUUCUACUUCUCCGAGGUUCUGCUUUUUCUCCACGCCCCGUCAUAAAACAGUUUUUUUUUGAUUUCCAUCUCCUUGGUUUCCACGCCGCAAUAUUUCUUGGAUUGGCCGUUUCCCCCCUCCCCCACCCCCCCACCACUCUUUUUUUUUUUUUUUCCCCCCUUCAUUUUUUUUUUUUUUUUCCCCCCUUCCGCCUUCUCUGUUGCUCAGUCCUUGGUGCAUCCACCGCCCAGGAACAGGAAGGACAAGAAACCACUCUACAAAGUCUCCAUCAAGACACGCUCUGUGCUGCAGAACAGGCUCCCCAACUCCAUCAGCGCAGCAAACAAACUCCUCAGGGCUUUUGCGUCGCGCACCCUUUCCCUCCCCCCUUUUUUCUUCUAUUGUUCUUUUUUUUUUUUUUUUUGUGUGUUUGUUUUUCAUUUGCGGAGGGGCAGGAAGGAAAACAUAAACUUUGUACUUUAAGAUCCGCUGGUUCUUCUCGCCCCUCUCCCAGCCUUUAAGACACUGCCAGGACCGCCCGUGGGCUUGCAGGGGAAAGAUCUCCUUCCCUUUCCCUCCUCCCCGCUCUCCUCCUCGCUCUCCCGGCCUCUCCACAGCCGCGGGGCCGCUCGCAGGGGACUGAGGAGCGGCGCCCCUUUGCCCGCCGCGCCGGCGGGCCAGUGUAUGUCGUGCCGUGGGCUCCGUGCGGGACGCCCGGUGAAUGAGCACCGCCCGCCUCUUGCCGCCGCCCGCCUUGGCUCCCACCACCCCGCGCCGGGGUGAGGCUCCCUGAGGGACCGCGGAUCGCGCCUCUUUGCCGGCUGCCCGUCUGCGGCGGCAGACGCUCGGUGCGGAGCCCGCCCGGCUCUUGCGCACCGCUUUUUAUUUAUUCACCCCGCCGCCUCCAGCGCCCCGGCUCGGUCCUGUCUGCGCCCUCCACACUUGCUUUUAUUUUAGUUUGUUUUUAUCACCCCUCCGCCCCCCUUUCUCCAUCUCUCUGCAUCCCGCCUCGCCGCGAUGCCGCACGUGGAGAUGCUGCUGCUGGCGGCCGCGGCGCUGUGGGUGUGCGUGCGCGGCCAGGAGCCCGGCGCCAAGGCGGUGGCCGACCGCUACGCCGUGUACUGGAACAGCACCAACCCCAGAUUCCAGCGGGGCGACUACCACAUUGAUGUCUGCAUCAAUGACUACCUGGAUGUGUUCUGCCCUCACUACGAUGAUUCAGUUCCAGAAGAUAAGACCGAACGCUAUGUUCUGUACAUGGUGAACUUUGAUGGCUACAGCUCCUGUGAUCACACUUCCAAAGGGUUCAAGAGGUGGGAAUGUAAUCGGCCGCAUUCCCCAAACGGACCUUUGAAAUUCUCAGAAAAGUUCCAGCUCUUCACGCCCUUCUCACUAGGAUUUGAGUUCAGGCCAGGCCGGGAAUAUUUCUACAUCUCUUCUGCGAUCCCAGAUAAUGGAAGGCGAUCCUGUCUAAAACUUAAGGUCUUUGUGCGACCAGCAAACAGCUGUAUGAAAACUAUAGGUGUUCAUGAUCGUGUUUUCGAUGUUAACGACAAAGUAGAAAAUUCAUUAGAACCAGCAGAUGAUACCGUACAUGAGUCAGCCGAGCCAUCCCGUGGUGAGAAUGCGGCACAGACACCAAGGAUACCCAGCCGGCUUUUGGCAACUCUAUUGUUCCUCCUGGCAAUGCUUUUGAUAUUAUAGCACAGUAUGCUCCAGCAACCUGUUGCAGAAAAUACCAGGGUCUUGGAACAUCAAAGAUCCACCUAACUUGUCAUCCCACAAAAGGGACUUUAUUGUUUUUGCAGAUGUCAAAUUGUUAUUUUUCCCUUUUCUUCUCCCUUUAGCCUGAACUCAGCAAAAAUUUGAAGGGGAUAACUAGCUUCAACACCCACCCCUACCUACCCUUGACUUUCUUAACCCCUCCAUAUAAAUAAAAGGACUCCAAAUGAAAAUGCCAAACUAUAAUAGUGACACUAGUGAUUCUUAUUUUCCUCUGCAUUCUCCUUUAAGAAGUCACCUCUGUUAGCUCACUGUGUCAUCUGUAUGUGGACAAGGAAGAACAGUGGCAGAUGCAGUCAGUGAAGGAUAACGAAAAUGUGUUAAAGCCUAAGAGAGUUUUUCUCUCUGAUACAAUAUUUAUGCCUUCUCGUUCAGCAUUGUAAGAUGAUCAUGCAAGGCGUCAUGUCACCAUGUCAGGACUGGAGGGGAAAUAUUAAGAAUAGAUAUAAUAUAACACCAUUUCCUCCAGGAGUUUCUAAAUGAACAGGGUUCUGAAAGGGAAAAACCAUGUUUCUUGUAGGACUGUCUUGAAACAUCUUUGACAGUAGAAUUUGUGCUCAUGAGUAGAAAUGCUGUCUUUGUUGAGAGGAAGAGGUUCAUAUUUAGGAAUGUUAGCACACAGCAGGCAAGGUCGGAUUUAGAAAACUUCACUGGGGGUGUGAGUGCCUCUGUUAUUUCGUUUUAAGGGGAUAUUGCACACCGGAUUAUUUUAUUUUAAAACAAAUCACCGUGGUGCUACAAUUUUUUUCUUGAAAUGCAGAGGCACUUUUGAGAAUAAAGUGACCUUCCCCAGCACUGACUUCGUAGCUGAUAGCCUUGGAUGCUGCUCUGGGUGUCAAUACAUGCUAAGAGAGGACAUAAGUGGCCUGAGGAAACAUGUUUGUGACACAGGAUCUCCAGUGUGCUCUUGAUCUGUCUCUCCUGCAAGUUCCUCAAUCAUGGGAACCGACCACAUGUAGAAGAAGCCAGGACAGUAGUAGCAUUGUUUGGUGGGGGGAAAAAAGUGUGGACUAUGAAUUCAAGUGUUGAUUUUUUAUCUUUUCCCCUUUCAGCACAGUUCGAAGAGUAGAGGAAACGUGUUUAUCAGCCAGAGAUAAACUAGAUGGGCUCCCAAAGACUUAACAAAAUAUUUUUUUAAAAAUCCACUAGAAUAGAAUAUACAUUAUUUAGAUAUACUUUAUGCUGAGAGUAAGUAUAUAUGCUUGUCCUAUUUAAACAUGUGAGAGAAGUGGUAACCCUUGAUGCAAUUAGGAAAUAGGACUGUCUUUCUUGAUGGAAUUAGGAGUGACCCUGUUUAAGGAAUCUGAGCCUUGGCUAACGUAGAACUUUAAAAAGUCAUUUGCCAGGAAGUGCGAGCCUUGGGAUAUGUUUUUGCUAGGCUGCCAUGAAAUUUGGACUGCUAAGCAUAAUCAGGGAAAUAUCAGACCAAGACUGAAACAAAGCUUUUCUAACAAAAACUGUGAUAAUUAUGUUAAAUGAGAAACAAAACAUGGACCGGGGUCAAGCAAAAUAAGAGUUUUCUAUGUUUAAUUCUGAAGUCUGCUGUAACAAAAUUGAGUAAUACCAUUAAUUGACAGCUUUUUAUGUGCUUUUUUCUUUUUAAUGAAGAAAAGCGUUUCAGAAGUUGAAGCAUCCCACUAUCCAAAAAAGGAGGAAAGGGGGAAAUAAAUUUAAGAAGUAAAGGGAGGUUUGUGCAUGCUAAACUAUGAUCUGGGCUUGCCUGAUAUCGUAUAACAUUAGUGUAGGGCCUGUGCUUAUAGGAGGAAUACAGGAAAUUUCUUCUAGUAUGAGGUGCACACAAUAAGAUAUGCAGUCUAAACAAUGGGGGAAGUCAUCAUCUCAUUACAGGCUAUCUGUCUGGUACUUUUCUUUCUUUAAUGUGGAUGUGCAUGGUACACACACUAAUAUUUCUUGUAGGUAGGAAUUAAAAAGCUUUGGAUGAGGUAAACUUAAUCAAAAUGCACCUUAUCAAAUGGCUUAUUAACCAGAGUACAGAUAAUAUCACAUUAUAGGUAACCAUAUUAAAAUUAUUCAUAGCUAUUGCAGGCGCUCAUACCAGUAGUGCCAAUUUAAUGUAGAAAUGGUGACUUUAUUUUUCAUUCUUUGUCUCUGAAGGAUGUCAGAGUUCAAGACAUAUGUUUAUCUACAGCAAAGAAUUGUCACUAGUGUUGCUCCUGGUGAAAAUCAUUCCUUUGUUUUAUCACAGAACCCUGUAAGGUAGGUGAGGAACACUGCUAGUGAUGCAAGGCAGAUCCCUGUGCUGUCUGAUAUGGUGUGGCUGGGAGCAUAUCAGACACUGGCAGUUUGGUACUCGGUGGCAUCAGGCAAUCCCAGUCAUACCAAGUACAUAAACACUGAUGGGCUUUGUGUUGCAUUUCAUAUCUCUGGAUGAUUUAAAUGCAGAUGUUGGUGCAAAUUAAUGGAGAUUUCUGUUCCUUUCCGCUUUAUCUGCCCCGGUUCAAGUCUGAGGGACUGAUUCUCCCUCAGCCUAGGUGGCUUGCUUAUCUCCAAGACUUGUACUCCUGGCUGCCAAGGACAUUGCAGUGUGAAGCAGGGAAAAUAGGAAUCAGUCAGUUUAGUGGAUACUGUGUAUCCUUUAAUAGACAAGAUAACAUUUUGUGUUAGUUUAGAAUAUUGUUUUGUACUGUACUUACUUGGAUGGCGAAGGAAAGACAAGUAAAACUUUAAGCUAUGUUCUUUAAAUUCUGUAUUAUUAGUAACCUCUGUUGUACAUAGUGUUUGAUAAUAAAGUAUUAAUUUGAUUCUUAUGUCUUUUGUAAGUGAGAACAAUAGACUUUCAGGAUAUUAAAAUCAUGCGUUAAUUACAAGACAGAGCUUUGAAGCAUCAAGUGUGAUCAUGGCUGAGAACUGAGAGACAAGCGGCCAUGACACUGCAGCAUACAGGACUCAUCUUUGAAAAUCAUUCAUCUGUUGCAAGACUUCACAAUGUCAAGACCUGGAACAACAUGACUUGAUGAUCAAUGUUUUGUCCUCAGUGUUUAAAGGUCUGAUGUUGGAGCCCUAUGGUUUCUGUGUUAUUUUUUGUUCUUUUGUAUCAUGUUUGUUUCAAAAAGGCUUUGGGGAUAUAGAAACUCUUCUGUUGUUUUAUUUGUUUGUUUCUUUUUUCUUUUCUGUUGGGUUGUUUGCUUUUUUUUUCCCUUCUGUUUUCUUUCUGGUUUUGUUUCUAUGAAUAUUUUUUUCCAGAAAGGAACUUGCCAGUGUCAUGUGCGAUGUAUGUAUGUACUUGGUUCCAAAAGAACUAGAAACAAAUUUGGGAGGUACUCAGAGUAGAUGAAGUAGAUUGUUUCCUCUCCUAUACAAUUGUGGAAGGAAAAUGGUUGUAUUUGUACCUGUUGAUUCCCAUCCCUAGCCCUCAAAAUUGAACUUAAUCCAUUGCUUUGUGAGAGCAAUGGUUUAGUCACUUUCAGAGGCUUAGAGUGUUAACUCUUCUCCUCCUUUCAUUAUGCUUGGAUUUUGUAAUCACCAGUUUCAAUGUACAACUCUCCACACUUCUCUUCCCUCUUCCUGCCUUUCCUCCUCUCCCACCCUACUCCUUUUUUAAUUUGGAGCUAUGAAUGGGCAGAUCUGUUUCUGGUCUGGCAUCACUGAGUUUUUCCCAUGCAUUUGCCCUCGAGCUUCUCAGAUGUGAGACAAAUCUCCCUACAAUAGGCUUGCUGCCAUUGUCUGUACAGUUUAAUAGAUGCUGGCAUGUUGGAGGUUACCCAUGAGUCUGCGAAAUCUGCUUUCCAUGCUUACUCUUGACACCCCAUUGAAGGCACUCAUUGUGUAUGCAUCUGGGUAUGAAAGUCCAGCUCAGUGUGGUCCUGUGCUUGUACUGCCCUGCUUUGCAGUUUCUUUGCACUUAUUCAUUGAGUGCUGGUUUUGAAAUGCUUACAUUAUAUGAACUUAAAAGAAAAUGUUAAAAAACAAAACAAAACAGAACAAAAACCCCAACAAAAACCACCGAAAAUCCCCGCCCCAUAAAAUCUGUAUUUGUAUAUACACGUGUCCGUACAAUUAUACUUAAAUAAAGUUAAAGAUUUUCAUCAUUUUAA